AUGUCUAAUUUAUUUAAUAAUCGAGUUGGAGAGCCUGAUAACGAUGAUAAAGAUGCUAUCCCAUCAAAAACAAUAAACUAUGGCCGUAGGAUCGGUAGUUCAUUGGUGGUUCUCGUCUUAAUGGCAGCUGUGACAAAUGUUUAUCAAACAAAUGUUGAUUUGCCGCCAAUCAAGUCUGCAUUGACCAGUUUAAUUGGUAAUCCUUUAGUUCUUCCUGUUACACGUACGAACAUCACUUUUUGGGAAACAUCAAGAGCUGUAACUGCUAAUAAAUUUUGGAGCAUUAUUAAUCCUGAGGAUAAAGAUCAAUUCGCUGAAAUUCUACCAACUAGACAUUUAACAUUACUAUUUGACAGUGAGCCAGAAGUUGAUAAUGAAUUACAUCGGCCAUUUAUAAAUUGGAGAUUAAUUACAAGGACAUCUUUAAAAACUUUCAUUUGGUUUCUCAAAUUUACAGUAUUUCCUGCUACUGGUAUAGCAUUUGCAAUAUCUUUCCUAGUAGGUUUUUUAUUACCAGCAGAUUUGGUAAUUCGGGCUGCUAGAUUAUCCAAAAAAUCAAAAAAUAGCGUUGAUAAAAUCAUCUUGCCAGCAUCUUCACCUUUUGGAAGAUCUACAUUGUGUGUUACAACGCCACGAGUUGUAACUUUACGUGGUCAUCACUCAGCUGAUGUUGAUUUACUUUGCGCGAACUCGAGCGGCACAAUAGUUACAACUUCUACCGACAGGCAUAUUACAUCAUGGAAUGGAAAGCAGGGUAUGCCACUAAAAAAACUUGAAAGAUAUAUGCGGCGCUGUGAAUCGUGUAAAUGUGGCAGUACUGGAGGUAUGAAAAAUUGUAUAUCAUGGCCAGUUCGUGCAAUGUGUAUGAGUGAACACAUUGCACUUGUGGCAGCAGGGUUUGAAGAUGGUGUGGUUCGCGUAUGGGAUAUAAAUUCAGGGCAAGCUACUUAUAUCCUGAGAGACACCAUUGAAGAUGUCGAACAAGUGAAAUCAGCGGCUAAUGGUCAUUCAGUAAAGGAACGAGUUACGUGUUUGCAAAUAAUAGUACCCACUUUUUGCUCUUCGAAGCCUACUACACCAACUCGUGAACUCGGAUAUUCUUAUUGUGCUUCUAAAUCAACUUCAGAUCAAAAAAUACCAGCCACGCUUCUUGCGACUUACCGAAAUGGCUAUUUUCGAGAAUGGGAUCUUGUUUCUGGCAAAAUUAUUCAUAAUGUUGCCACAAAUCAAAAGGGUGGUAUCAGUUAUCUUUUAGUAGUUGAUGAUGGCGAACAAAAUUAUUAUAGGGACGAAUUGCGUAUUUUUACUGGGGCGCGAGAUGGAUCUGUCAAAUGCUGGGUUCGAACAGUUCAUAACUUAGACAAUGAAUCUAAUAAUACUAGUUCGGGUUGUAAUGAACCAUGCAAGAGCAUAUGGAAGUUGUUCUAUACUAUACCAGGAGAUUUUGGAAAUGCAAUUACUUGUGUAGCUGCUAAAGUAGUCAAAACUCAAAAGAGUUGUUUUGGUAUUGUUGUUACAGGAACUGCAGACGGAGAUGUUAGAGUAUAUGAUUAUCUUACUGGUAAAUCUAUAGCAAAAUUAAGUUAUGGAAUUUCUGAAAAACAGAAACUUGCAAAAGAGCGCGAAGAGCAAUUAUUGUUUCAACAGCAGCGACAGAAAAAUCAUUCGAGAAGAUCAUACAUAAAUCGACAGGAUUUCUCCGAUUCAGAUCAGGAUUGGUCUGAAGAAUACGAUGGUGAGUAUGAGUUUUGGGAUGAGACCAACGAAACUGAAGAUGAUGUUUCCCACCAAGGUGCGAUUACAUCCAUUAUAAUUCAUCCGCUUAAAGAAGAGAGUUGCCCGUGUGGAAAUAAAGAGACUGGCGGAUUUUCAAUAACAACUUCAUCAGUUGAUGAAAAAGUAUAUUUUUGGCAAUUGAUUCGAAGUGUUAUGGACUGUACAUGCAUGACUUUCCAACUAGGAGAGCCUAUAGCUGAUGAUUAUGAUAGCGGUGACUCCAUGGGACGACUUCAAAAAGUUGCACAAUGGGAUGAUGCGAUUACAAAAUUUCUAGGACGUGUAAGUCAACCUGGUGGUUCUGCAAUUGUGUUUCUUAGAGAAAAUAUAAUUGGAGUUCGUCGUGUUAAGAAUUCGCAUAUGUCCAUGAAAAGGUGUCAUGGUGCUGAAGGCGAAUGGGAAGCCUGGAUUUUGGAUAUUAACAACCCGCAUGUUGUCGAACCAACUGAAGAUGAUUGUUCAGAAAAUUACGAUGAUGUCGUUGAAUUUAAAAUUAAGGUUAUUCCAUUAGUUAAUGAAAAUGAUUUAAUCGCAGAACAAAAAAAGGAGAAAGAUUUAUACAAACGACGCGAUCGCGAAAAUGUUGAAGAAUUAAAGGGAUUCGUUCGACGACGAAGAGAUGUUCCUGGGAAUUACAUAUUAAGUCCGACAUAUCCCCUUUUCAAUAAUUACAAUCAAAAUAAUUCACAAAUUCAUAAUUAUGAAGAGGACUACACACAAGGACAAGUUGUGGAUUUUAGGCAGCGAGGUCAGAGGUUACGUGGUAGUAUACUACAUCGUGUUUAUCCGAAUAAUGUUAAUAAUGAUCGAAAACUAUCGUCUUUUGAGGAGGAAGAUGAAAUGAAUGAAAUACUACCAUUUUCAUAUAUACGACAAAUUGUAAAAGUUGGUGAGGAUGGAAUUGCUAUCGGAUAUGGUAAUUUUGUAAAAGUUAUAUUGUUUGAAGAGCUAAAUGAUGGUGAUAACGAUUUAUAG